AUGAUUCCAAAUCUAAGGUUCCCAUGGAUGAAACAAAUUAAGUUUCCAAAGAAGGACUUGUUAUCAAUAAGUAUUGUGACGAAAUCUGACACUAAUGAAAGUCGCACUGAAGGACUUGCUCAAAGAAAAGUCGAUGGAUUUUACGUGGCAAGAAAUGGAAGCAAAUACGAUAACAAUUCUUCAGAAUUUCAACUUUUUAAGUUCGGUGAAUCAUGGUCUUUGCAGAACCAAAACGAAUCUGUUUUCGAUUACAACUUAACAAAUGGUAACUUUUCGAUGUACAAUAGUUAUCACACUACUCCAAGAUUUUUGGAAACUUUACUUGGCAAUUUAACGGCACUUUUCGAAAACUAUACGGAAAGCAAUAUAACGAAAUUUAACAGCACAUGCCGUAAUGGAUGGGACGAUUCGGCUGACAACCAGUGUCUGCUUGCUAUUGCAAGAACACAUAAUAUAAGCGUAGGAUGUAACGUGCAUGAGGCAAACGAACAAGACCACGAGGAGUAUUUACGCAGACAUGAUAAGCCACCUAAGUUUUUGGAAACAAUGCCGACUUCAGUAAAUCUCAUUUAUGGGCUAAACGAAUCGUUUUCGAUUAAUCUCAUAGAUUGCAUCAAUGAUGAAAACAAGGAAAGACUAAAUUUUACAGUUGAGCCGGAUUUUGAGGAAUAUUCUAUAGAUAAUGGCGUCUUCAAUUGGACAAUCGGGACAGGGCUUCGCAAUUCAAACACUACUGGCGUUAUUAAUUUUAUGGUGACUGACCGGUUUAAUCAUACGGGUUAUCAUGCAUUGAAGUUCACGUAUUGUGGCUGCGAAAACUAUACUGAAUGCGAUUAUAGUCGCAUGAGAGAUUUUCUAACAACGCUGCCUUUUCUUUCAAAAAACGGCGUAUUUGCUGCAUGUAUUUGCCCAAAUGCAUAUACAUCCGGAGAGUUUUGUGAAAUAUUAAAAAAUCCUUGCGACGAAUACAAGUGUGACAAUCAGAGUUUGUGCAACAAUACCAUGUUCGAAGGUAUUCCAUGCGCUGACUGCCCGGAAGGAUACAAUGUGCGGCUCCAGGAUAAUCAGCAAAAUUGUGAUAGUAAGUUUGUUUGUUCAAAAUAG